UAAGCGGAGGAGUAAGGCGGGAGCCAAUCGCGCCGUGGUGUGUUGGCAUCCCGGCAAGCCGCUUGGAAGAGAGGGGUGGUUGGUGUGGCUUCCAUUGUUCAGGAUCUGGGGCGACAGAGGCCGAGGUCCUGGCGGGCGCUUUGGUUCCCGAGGAGGCCCUGGGAGGAGGGUUCAGGCCCUUGGUGCCCCACAUCCCAUUUGAUGUCUAUUUGUGUGAAAUGGCCUUCCCUCGGGUUAAGCCAGCACCUGAUGAGUCUUCCUUCAGUGAGGCAUUGCCGAAAAGAAAUCAGGACCUUGCUCCUAAUUCUGCUGAACAGGCCUCUAUCCUUUCUCUGGUGACAAAAAUAAGCAAUGUGAUUGACAAUUUGAUUGUGGCUCCAGGGACAUUUGAAGUGCAGGUUGAAGAAGUACAACAGGUUGGAUCAUAUAAAAAGGGAACAAGGACUACAGGACAUCAUGUGGCUGACCUGGUGGUCAUCCUGAAGAUUUUGCCAACGUUGGAAGCUGUUGCUGCCCUCGGGAACACAGUCGUGGAAAACCUCAGAGCACAGGAUCCAUCUGAGGUUUGGACCAUGCUGACCAAUGAAACUGGCUUUCAGAUCAGUUCUUCUGAUGCUACAGUGAAGAUUCUCAUUACCACAGUGCCACCCAACCUCCGAAAACUGGAUCCAGACCUCCCUUUGGACAUCAAGGUGUUGCAGAGUGCCUUAGCAGCCAUCCGCCAUGCCCGCUGGUUUGAAGAAGAUGCUUCUCAGUCCACAGUUAAAGUUCUCAUCAGACUUCAGAAGGACCUGAGGAUUCGUUUUCCUGGCUUUGAGCCCCUCACACUCUGGAUCCUUGACCUACUCGGACACUAUGCCGUGAUGAACAACCCCACCGGACAGCCUUUGGCCCUACAUGUGGCAUACAGGCGUUGCUUGCAGAUUCUGGCUGUGGCUGCAGGACUGUUCUUGCCAGGGUCAAUGGGUAUCACAGACCCCUGUGAGAGUGGCAACUUCGGAGUCCACACGGUCAUGACUUUGGAACAGCAGGACAUGGUCUGCUUCACAGCUCAGACUCUGGUCUGAAUCCUCUCACAUGGUGGCUUUAGGAAGAUCCUUGGCCAGGAGGGUGAUGCCAGCUGUCUUGCUUCUGAAAUAUCUACCUGGGAUGGAGUGAUAGUGACACCUUCAGAAAAGGCUUAUGAGAAGCCACCAGAGAAGGAAGGGGAGGAAGAGGAGAAUACAGAAGAACCACCUCAAGGAGAGGAGGAGGAAAGCAUGGAGACUCAGGAGUGACUCCCUUCUCUCC